AUGUCGGCCUGCAAGAGCGUGCCUUUGAUCCGGCCGGUGAAGGCACCAGAGCCGCAGUUCGUCGUGGUGCAGGAAGGUGUCGAGUUCCUCCGUGGCUUAGAGGGCCCUCUUUACGUCGUGUCAGUGGUAGGUGUGAUGCGGCAGGGAAAGAGCUUUAUCCUUGGCCUCCUGGCGGGUGGCCCCGGCAUAUUUCGUUUAGGCCAUCAAACGAAAUCCUGCACAGAGGGAGUGGAUGUCUUCGCUCGCCCUCAUCCCUCUGGACGCGGGCACCUGGUAUUCUUGGAUGUGGAGGGCCAGGGAUCACCCGAUCGGAACGACACAUACGAUGCUGCUCUGACCACCGUCGCCAUGCUGCUGUCGUCCAUGGUGGUCUACAACUGCCUGUCUGUAGGGACAUCCGCAGAUGUGGACAAGUUGGAGCUCUUGAGCGGCUUCAUGCAGAACAUCUUCGAUCGCACGUCUGAGGAGCACGGAGAGCGCGAGGCAGCUGGCAGCGACAGGUACUGUCCCGCCUUGAUGUGGCUUCUGCGCGACUUCUUCUUGGAGAUGGUGGAUGCAAGCGAGAGGCCCUGCGAUGCUGACACCUACCUGGAGGAAGUGCUCCUGGCACCAGUGUCCGGGGCGAGCAGAGCGGCCAAGGACAAGAACCGGAAGUUGAACGACAUCAAGCAGGUCCUGCAGAAACGGUGCUUGCGCACCUUGCCCAGGCCCAUUGCUGGUGAUGACUUUCGGGAUCUACAAGAGUGCGGGCUUCAAUCACCGCCGUUGCUUCCGGAGUUUGUGCAGAAAGCAGAGAGGCUUCUGAGCGAAGUUACACACCUGCAAAUACCCAAGCAGCACAACGGCAGGUGUGUUUCUGGAGCGAUGCUAGCAGCACUCACGGAAGAGCUCGUGUCCUCUAUUGAUGUGAAAGGGGUUCCAGAGCUGCUGACAUCCUGGCAGCAAGUAUGCAAACAGGAGACGCUCCGCGCAUUCCAACAGGCCGUCAGAAUGUACGAUGCCGAGUGGGGCACCGGGUCACUCCCUAUCGAUGAUGCUGCGGAGAUCCACAAGAAGGCUUUGGGCAGGAGCUUGCAGGUCUACCGGUCGAUUGUUCUUGGUUCCGGUUGCAUCGACGAGCUCAUGCAGGAGAUUGACCGGAAGCUUGAAAGCUGGCUGACGGCGAACGAUGCUGCCGCUGAUGCGCUUUGCAGCCGCAGCCUGAAGGAGCACCUCCGCACGGUCGCACAAGCCCAAGAUGCAGGGGACUUCUGCGUUCCGGGGGGCCUUGCGCUCUACGACCGAAAGACCGCUGCCGCCUUGAAGGAGUUCCGAGGCAGCCCGGAAGCCCGGCGUUUUCCCGUGGUCGCAGGGGCCUGCGUGGCAGACUGGGUGAAGACCAACGGGCCAGCGCGAGCAGCCAUUUGUAAGGCUGACGAGGCGCUGCAUCAGGCGGCGAAGGAAGCAGAACUCCAGUGUCAGCAGCAAGCUCUUUCGGAGUUGGAGCACGCUGCUUCCAUGGAGGCUUUGCAGAAGCAGAAGAUCCUUAACGCGAAACGGAUGGAAGUCGCAAAGGCCGCUCACGAGGCAGAAGUGAAUAGGUUGCGUGGUGAGUCGGAGGCCCUUCGAAGGGAGCACGAGCACCUGGCUGAGAAACGGCGUCAGGAGUUGCAGCUCAUGCUUCAACAAGGUCGGAAAGCUGAUGCAGAGGCCUUUCAGCAAACCAUGGCCUUUUCCCAAGAGUCACAAGCAACCCAGCUCAGGGGCCUACAAGAGGCCAUGAGGCAAAGCCAACUUCAUCAGCAGGAUAUGCAAAGGAAUCUGUCGGAAAGCCUGCGUGCAAUCACAGCCCACCAGGAACAUGUUGACGCGGCUGCUUGCCGUGCGGCGGAAGUCGCAAAUCAAGAGGCCUCCGGUUCAGCGAGACUUCUGUUACCCAUCGCGAACUUUGCCAUGAGCUUCUUCCCAUCAGCUGCGCCAAUGAUUGGGGCGGCUGCAUCUGCACUGACAGGCAGUUUGGCACCGAGGCAUUAA